UCUAUAAAUGCCCCAUUACCUUUGAGAUUUGAAACAAUGGACAGUCACGUGUGACGAUUAAAUAGGGAAAUGUGCGAAAGCACUUAGCGCGAUUCUUCGCGAGGGGUAUAGGGAAUGUUUUCACACCUGUACGGUGGGGAUUCAUAUAUAAUCCAGGAUAUUGGAUAAAAUUAAUAUACUAUCGGUAGGUAAUGCUUUCGCUGCAUAUCCUCGAACUGCGCUUGGUGAUUGAUCUGUAGGUAGUGAUUUACAAUGAAAAUUAAGCGUAAUGUUUAUAUAAGCGUCAAUCUAUCAAUACCUGUUUGAAUAAUUUAAAAUUUUCCGCUGAGCUCAUUAUGGUACCGUUCUUUUGAAAGAUUACUGCGAUACGAAUUAAGAACUUAACUUUCCUUCAGUCAGUUUCCGAAGUACAGUGGAAGUGGUAACCUUGGAUUAUUUAAUAUUAUUACUACUUUUAUAUUAUUAUUAACAAUUUCGCGGCAGUAUUGAAAUGAAAAUAAUAACUCUCCUCAUUUUUAUUGUUACGGUUACCCAUGCGUAUCCACCGGGACAAUUUCUUUAUUCGGACAAUCUCAGCAAUAGUGUGGAUGAAGUUUACGACUCUUACCUGUCUGUAUCAGAUGACGAUAAGGACGACGUAAAUCCGCCUCCGAAUUCCCUCUUGAAUCAACUCAUCGAAAACGAGAAUGCAAACUUAAUCAGUCCAGCCGAGACGCAAAGGGUUGAGCAGACGUCAAUUGUGCACGUCCAAACAAGAGAGAAAAAUAAACGAUAUUCCAGUUCACCUGUUGCAGAUCUCACACUGUGCCAUUUCAAGAUAUGUAACAUGGGACGUAAACGUACCACGCGAUACUUUCAAGUUAUGAAAACCCUCGACAAUAAAACGUAGAAGGCGAUUCUUUGUAUUAUAUCCUUGUAUUUAUUUGCCUUAGCGUAGAAUCUAUUUAUUAUUAAAUGAAAGUAUUUUAUUUAUAAGGAGCAAAAUAAAGCAAUUGAAAUAUA